AUGAUGCGUGCGAGAUGGCCCCAAUGGUUAGAGCGCGAAUUUACUGACCGAAAGGUCUAUGGCUCGAACCCGUCCUCUGCAUCUCGACUUCUCCCGUCUAGGUUUGGGCAACCUGGCAGUACCCCAGCCCUCGUGCAACCUUCGGGUAGCAUGACAGUUACGCAAUGGAGGGAUUACUCUAUCUAUACGGAGGGUAGACGGUAUACUAGCUAUUUGGUUUUCACGAUAGACUCAAUUGAAUCUCUCGUUUGUGAUAUUCUACAACUGAAUGUGCUGCGCACAGGCCGCCUUAUGUUUCAAUCGGCACGAUAUUCACUUGAGUCUCCCGCGAAAACCAAACUGAUCUACAACUGA